UGUCACUUGUUGCCCCUCUUCAUUUCCGUCUUCCUUCCUCGUGCACCUCCUUUAUGUGAUGGCAGGGGCUUCUGCAGGCCUUCUGGUGUGGGUAUGAUUGACACCUUCAUUAUCACCUUUUGCACAUUUCUUUCUAAUCUCCUCCACGCCGUGUGGAGAGCAAUAACAGCCGUGCCGGCUGGUUUGGCAGUGCCAUACGAGGAGCGAAGGCUUACUUUUAGGGAGCUCAUGGAGGAGCUGAGCCCCAGACAACUGGCUGAGAAACAGCUGAAGCAAGAGUUUAUGGAGGCCCUGCAGGCCAACAAUGCCCAGGAGGUCAAACGGAUUCUGCACACCAGGAAAUUAGAUAUUGACACUGUGCUGGAGGUGGAGGACCCCAGCAUGGUGCUUGCCUCAUAUAAACAAGGUUACUGGCUCCCGGGCUACAAACUGGAGAAGUCCUGGGCGAUGGGUAUUCAUGUAUGUGUGAUGUACAAUGCUGUGGAAACAGCUCUGGUGCUCAUUCAGGAAGGUGCAGCCAUCAACCGCAAGCCCAACGGGAAGACGCCGCUGCAUGUGGCCUGCGAGGUCUCCAACAGCGAGUGUGUCGCCUUGCUUUUGGCUCACAGGGCAAAAGUCAACAGCCUGUCGCUGAGCGGACACACAGCGCUGCACUACUGCAUCACCAGGGAGUCUGUGGACUGUGCCAAGCAGCUAAUCCUCAAAGGUGCAAACGUCAAUGAGCCCAGCAACAACAAUGAGGAGGUGACACCUUUACACACAGCAGCCAGAUUCGGCGUCCCAGAGCUGGCAGCUCUCUACUUGGCCCACGGAGCAUCUGUCAAUGCAGUCAACUCUCUCCAGGAGACUGCCCUGAUGACUGCGUGCUUCUGGGCUUUUGACGCCAAAGAGCAAACCUACAGCCAAGAUCACCAUCUUGUCUGUCGUCUCUUGCUGGACCACCAUGCAGACCCCAACCUCCGAGAAGAGGACAAUAAAACAGCUCUUCACAAGGCGUCCUGGAACUGCGAUCACGUCCUGAUGCAGAUGCUGCUGGAGGCCGGAGCAGACGCGCGAUCUAUGGACAUCAACGGCUGUGCCCCCAUUCAGUAUCUCCUCAAAGUGACCGAUGUCAGGCCCAUGGCCAUACCUGAGCUCUGCUAUCAGCUGCUGCUCAACUUCAACGCAGCACGGGUCUACCCGCCCCAGUUCCACAAGGUGUUGCAGACCUGCUGUGACUACCCCAGAGUAGUGGAAGUCAUGGUCAACUCUUAUGAACGUUUAAAGCCCACAAAGAAGUGGAGAGCUGCCAUUCCUGAUGACUGCUACCAGACUCCACAAUCUGUUUUUCUUUGCUUCCUCAGCGACAUAAAGACUUCUACGACUCCAUGUUUGCUGUUUGCUCCAACACUCCUCGCAGCCUGCUUCACCUGACCAGAUGUGCCAUCAGACUCAGCCUGGCUACAUCCUGCCACAGAGGUAUAGCGCAGCUGCCUCUGCCAUCUCCCAUUAAGAAAUAUUUAUUGCUGGAACCUGAGGGGAUACUGUACUGAUGGAGAGACUUUUUGUUCAGAAAGGGACGAUACUCAGCCUGUCGACGUGAUGAUUGUAAUCAAACAUUUACUUCCUGUCUGCAGACUGAGGAAAAUGAAAAUGCUGCUAGUUGGAGCUGGUACUAACCAUUGAUGUUUAAUGAUAACUAACGUGUGGCUUUUUUGUUUUUGCCUAACAUUCCCAGAGGCCUUUGUCUGGAACAUAAGAAAUCCCUCUACAUGCACAUUGUCUUGCUGGAGUUGAACUCUAAUCACUUGCUAUAAAACUGAUUAAUGAAGUUGAUCUGAAGCUGGACAUGACAAAGGAUGCCAUUCAACUAAGCCCAAAUUAUGAAUGGAUUGACCAUUCAACCAGAAAUAUGCAGUAAUUUGAGUGACAGGUGAGCAAAUAGCAAUAUGCAAAUGAAAACUGCUGUGCAACUUAGUCUAAUAAUCAUUUAUAGUGAUUAACAAGUGAGAUUUUUUUGCCCGCUGGGCCUCACAACCUCUCUUUCUGUAAUCCCCGUGUUAUUUAUGUCUCUCACCUUCCACAGAGGCCUUAUUUGUCUCUUUUAAAGUGGCAUGAGUGUCAGUAAAGACAAUUUAUCUUUUACACGUCUAUCACAGUGUUGCCUCGUACUUCAGGGAAUCCAGAUCUACCUGGCAACCUGCCUGAAUGCUCCCUGUCCUGCUCACACUCUUGUGAUGCCCCACUAUUUGCAGAGCAAACACUUGACAAAGCCCUCCACAACAAGUGCUUGUUUUUUUCCAGUGGUCUGCACACAAAGCCGUGUACAGACACCAUUUUGUCAUCGUCUGGAAAUAAAAUUAAAACUCCGAUCUCCCUCAAAAUAGAGGUCACUCUGCAAAACAGUGAUGGUAAUAAUAUCCUUGUCAAGAUUUAUAAGAAUAUCCAACUUAACUCAAAACCAGAUGCUCUCUUUGAGCUGCUUUACAACCUGACUUCAAAGGUAGAUUCUCAUCUAAAGGAAGACGACUAAACCAACCUUGAAAAGUCUCAGGUAGAAUUUAAUUGUGACCUGAGCCAAUAACCCAGCCACAACCGACGAUCCCUGACUUAGUGACAUAUUUUAUGGCUAUUUUAUAUUAUAUUUCAUGCAUAACAAUAUCAGCACAGAACAAGUGAUGAACAGUACAAUCAACUCAAAUAUUGAACUCAACAACUGCAGGAAGUUUGCACAGAACAAAUGAUCUGGAGGAAUUUUAGCAAGUUAUUGCGUCAAAGAUGAGUUUUCCUUAUAUUUAAGGACUUAAUAAGAUUCUCUGUCUGUAUUAUGUACUUUUUUUUUUACAUUUUUAACAGUCAUACAUACUUAACAGGUUUUCACUGCAUUCUUUUCUAAUGCAGGACAAGACGUUAGCAGAGAGUGAAGGCUCUGUGAACAUUGGCUGUGUUCAGGAUUCACUGUGCCCUUAUUCUGUGAGAUUUUUAAAAAAUAUUAUUUUGUAUAAUAAGCUAAACUUUGAAAAGCUGAGAUACAGGUCUACUGUAUAUAUAUUUUUUAGAGGCCUCGCAACCCUCUGCAAAGCUUUGGCGACCCCUAGUGGGGGUCUGGACCCCCAGAUAGGGAACCUGUGCAAAAGAGGGUAGCACGCAAGACUGAGGCUGUCCUCUGAGCAGAGAGGCACUGCUGAGCUAUUGUACAGCGAUGUUGUUGAAGGGGAGAAAGAGGAGAAAAUGAACAGGCAGUCUCAUGAAUCAUUAAGAUGAAGGCUACAUUUGGAUGGGAGCUUUUUCUUUAUCUCCAAUCGGUGCACAUUGAUACAGCUUGGAUGGUUUGUCCUGCAAUUCUUUGAACCAUCCCAGGAUCCGUGGGUUAGUGUCAUAUCUUUUAUGCCAAAUAAUUAGAGGCAACUGGGAUCCAUAGGUGUACAUUUUAGGGGGGAUGCAGGGAUACAUCCCCCUCAGUAUUUACAACAUGUGCUUUUGUCCCCCACUGCAAACAUGGAAGUAGCAGAGGACUUUUAUUUUGACAAAAUUAAAGAAAUUUACACUAUAAAUCAAUGCAGAAAAGGCACACGUUGGUGGAGGAGCCUAAACCCCCGUCUCAUAUGUGUGUCCUGCAGUGUUUAAGAAAACUACGCCCUUGCCAGGAUCAGUGACCUCAUUGUCUUACAACAGUAGUUUGUACCUGUGGUGAGCUGUUGGUGUAAUCAUUAGGAACAUUAUGGCAGUCCAUAGAUCAUACACAUAAACAGGUGAGGCUGAGCAGACAUCUCUUGUACAGGAACAUUGUCUGGAUGACUUCAGGGUCAGACGUUAUUCCCUGAGCUCUUAAAAUAGACCAGUAAAAGUCAGGCGGAGGGAGAUUAUAUACUUAAAUCAUGCAUUUUAAUAACAGGAAGAGGGAAAUGGGUUUCGCAUUUAACUGAACUUGACCGCUGUAGUGAUUCUGACAUUGCAGUGAUCUUAUUUUUUAUUCUCUUAUCUUUGAAAAUGAGCUUGCGUAACGCUGUGUUUGUAUUGCCAUGCCAAUCGUGCCUGAAUGAGCAGGAAAACGGAAUUAAGAGAGACAAGUAGAGAAAAGUAACAAAACCAGAAUAGAGCACGACAUGUGGGCACACUAAUGAAGGGGCGCAACAGAGCAGCACAGCCAGUUCUCAAACCCCUAUUGGCAGCUGGCCAUGAAAAAAAGCCACUGGACUGUGUCUGCGAUGGUGACAGACAAACAGAGCAAAAUUUCCUAAAAACAAGCUGCAGGGGGAGAAGAGGGAGUCAGAGGGAGAAAACAACUUCCAGACAUGUUAGAG